UGUAGCAGCCAGGCCAAAAAAAAAGGUGUAUCUCCGACAUGUGCUUCUUCUUUUCAUUAAUACAUUUAAUACAUCAAAGGCAGUUAACGCAAACGAUCGUGUAAAUAAAAUAUGCGUUUCAUUGCGUGUGUUUCUCGUAAGCGGAACUAAUGCUUAUGAGCGCAGCUGUUUCCGAUCGGGCUGUUUUUUCUGCAGCACGUGACUGUAGCAGUCAAACAUGUCGAGUUCAUACAGAAACAGGAUUCAGGAGUUCAGGGCGGUGCUGAGCGAGCAGAACAUUCACUUACAGUCUUUACGUCAACUUUGUUUCAGUGGGAUCCCGUGUGAAAGUGGCAUUCGUGCUUUGUGUUGGAAGAUUCUGCUGAAUUACCUGCCGCUGGAUCAAACAUUGUGGGACUCUUUCCUGACAAAACAGAGGGAUGUGUAUGCCCAGUUUCUGAGAGAGAUGAUCAUUCAGCCAGGGAUUGCCAAGGCCAACUUGGGUGCAUCCCGUGAGGAUGUGACACUGGAAGAUCAUCCUCUGAAUCCAAACCCGGACAGCCGAUGGAACACCUACUUCAAAGACAAUGAAGUUCUGCUGCAGAUCGACAAAGACGUCAGACGGUUGUAUCCAGACAUGGCGUUUUUCCAGCGACCCACUGACUUUCCCUGCCAGCUCAUCCUGGACCCUCAGAACGAGUACGAGACGUUACGUCGGCGGGUAGAACAGACCACUCUGAAAGCUCAAACCGUCAACCGUAACCGCAGCGGUGUCACUAAUUACUGGGAUGAACAAACUCAGGUGAGUCAGGUGAGUUCUCCAGGGAAAGCAUUAAACUUGUAUCCGUCCAAUGAGUACGAGGUUUUACCGAACGGCUGUGAAGCUCACUGGGAAGUGGUGGAACGGAUUCUCUUCAUCUACGCUAAACUGAACCCGGGUAUCGCUUACGUCCAGGGCAUGAAUGAGAUUGUGGGACCAAUAUACUUUACCUUUGCUUCGGACCCCAACAGCCAGUGGAAAGAACACGCGGAGGCCGACACGUUCUUCUGCUUCACCAAUCUAAUGUCAGAGAACAGAGAUAAUUUCAUCAAGAGCCUGGAUGACUCGCAGUGUGGCAUCACAUUUAAAAUGGAGAGCGUUUACUCCAAACUGAAGGAGAAAGACACGGAGCUCUACAUGAAACUGCAAGAGCAGAACAUCAAGCCUCAGUAUUUCACCUUCCGCUGGUUGACGCUGUUGCUUUCUCAAGAGUUCCUGCUGCCAGAUGUGAUCAGGAUUUGGGAUUCGCUUUUUUCAGAUCAGGAUCGCUUUGAGUUUCUCAUUCCCGUCUGCUGCGCUAUGCUGAUUCUGAUUCGGGAUCAGCUGCUGUCUGGAGACUUCACAGCAAAUAUGAGAUUACUGCAGGAUUAUCCCAUCUCUGAUGUUCACACCAUACUCGCUAAAGCUAAAGAGCUGCAGGAUGCCUUGUAGUGGGUGGACCCCUCAGACUCCGCCCCCAGUGGAGAGUAACUGUACACCAUGGUAACCGUGAAUCCUGAUGACAGCAGGGCCGCUCAUCUCGCCGUGGGUGGAAUCAUCAUCUGCCUUCUCUGAUUGAGUGUUUGAAUUGUGCUGUUUCUCAGGUGUGAGUGCGUGUGUGCGGGUGGGUGCGUGUUUGUGUGUGUGUGUGGAUGCGUGUGUGCGGGUUCUGUUGUUGUACUUUUGUCGCACUGAACAAAUUUAAAGAGCAACACACAUAAUUAUCCGCACACACGUUGACCAGAAACUCCAGAACUCUCUUGUAGAAACAGUAAAGUAACUCCCUGUACUAUAGUAUAAAUGAUUAAUCACUUCUCAGUGUUUGAUUUGACUUUAUAUACAGCUGUAUUUAUAUCAGCGAUUGUUUACUGCUUUUUACUGUCAGUCUUUGUUUCAUUGAAUGUGUUAUAUGUCGUGUCUUUUAUAAAUUUUGUUUUACACAAAUCUUAACUUCAGUUUUAUGGAUUGGAGGCAUUGAUGAAAUCUGAUUCAGAAGUUCAUACAGUCAGACAAGAGAUUGAAAGUCCCAUGAGCGCUCUUCGAUCUGUUAAUUCAUCAUCAGAACUUGUAAACUGGAUUCAUUCUAAUGAAUAACAAACUCUCUGUAAUCCAGCGUGAUGCUAAGACACCGCAUGUUGUUUAUAAGAUCUGCUUUGUUUUGACAGGGAAAAGCCCCUUUGUCCUAUCAACCUUUUCUUUAGAGUUGUCUAAAGAAUUCAGAGUGACAUCAUAGAAGAGACGGUGACAUAAUAAAUCACUGAGUGAUGUCAUUUCCUAUAACAUUGAUGUGGUCAUUUAUUUGGUAAAGUUGAUUCAUUUCAUUGGUGAAUCUUAUUUUAAAUUUUUGUUCACAUUACAUAUGAUUCUCAAACGCCAAAAUUAUUUCUUACUAUUGUACCACCACCAUCACUGCAAUGUAGCUUUUAAUAUCUGACUCCGUUGAUUUUCUUUUUAAUGGAUGUAUGAUAAAGAACGAGACUGAUGUAAUGGAUGAUAUUCUUCUUUAUAAUCUCUCUUCUCUGGAGCACUGCACGCGUCUUUCUCUUAAGUGUGUGU